GAAGAAUAGUGUUAUUAGUCGUAUAAAUUAGCUAUAAAGAGUAUUCGUGUGUCUAACCGGCCCAGUACUGCCUUAGUUUAAACCGUUUAAACCGUUUAAACCGAAAUCGUUCUCGUCGUUUUGAACUUCCGGUUUAACGCGUCAGGCCCGGUCUUCUCGGUUUAACGUUAACGGUCCUCGCCUCGGUCCUCCGAGCCGACCGGUGAGGAUGUCGGACCGGACGCUGGAGCACUUCUUCCCCGGGGCGCGGGACGCCGCCGCGGUCCGGUGGUCGCACGCCGUGAACAGCAGCGGCCGGCUGGCGGAGGCCGUGGCAGGUCCCACUCACAUGCUCGAGGCCGACGUAAUCCUCCGAGGUCGUGGCCCCAGCGAGCCGAUCAUGGCCCACUCCGCUGACACCGACAGCGACAUCACCCUCAAGGAGUGGCUGGAGGGAGUGAAGGAGUCCACCAAGGGGAUCAAACUAGACUUCAAGAGCCUGGAGGCCGUGUCUCCAUCGGUCCUCCUGCUGGAGGAGGUGUGUGGGCCGAGCCGUCCCGUCUGGGUCAAUGCAGACGUCCUCUCUGGUCCUGGGGGGCAGGCCACGCCCCUCGAGCCCCGGGCCUUCCUCUCCUCGGUGACGACUCUUCCUCCUCACAGCGUGCUGUCGCUCGGCUGGACGACGGAAUGGACCGCGGGGGCCGAGAACCCAGGCUACAGCUGGGUCAUGGUGCGUGAGAUGCAGCAGGUCUGUGAAGCCCUCACUCAUCCGGUCAGCUUCCCAGUGCGAGCAGCUUUCCUGGCCCAGUCCUUCUCUCAGCUCUCAUGGCUGCUGCAGCAGUCAGACAGCUACACUCUGACCGUGUGGACCGGCCCCAAUGACGAGUUCAGGCUCCAGGACUUCCUGCCCUACAAAGAGGAAGUGGACAUCAGGAGGAUCUACUACGACCUGUAGGCCUCUGGAGGACUCUGGAGCUACGGGGCUCAGCGGCACGCUGCAGGACCAUCACUGACGUUGAAUAGUUGAAGAUUCUUUUAUGCAUUUUUUUUGACAGAGAUGAUGAUGUUUCUCUAAUGUAUUUGUUUUACUUUAUAUUUAAUUCAGGUUGCGUGAGCUUUCUUCAGUUCCAUCAGCAAGCAAUUUAAGUAUUUAAUCUGUAAAAGACACAUUUUCAAUGUACUCACAAUCCAUUCAUGUCACAUACUUAUAUAUUUAUAGAUAAAUAUUUAUAUACAUAUAUAUGUUUAUAAAUCUGUAUUUUUAUAUAUUUAUAUAUAUAUUUAUAAAUAUAUAAUUUACAUAUUAAUCUAUGUUUCGAAAUAUUAAUAAUAUUAAUAUAUGUAUAUAUAUAUAAAGCUAUGUUUCGAUAUAUUUAUAUAUAUUUAUAUCAAUAUAUAUUUGUAUAUUUAUAUACAGGACUGUCUCAGAAAAUUAGAAUAUUGUGAUGAAGUUCUUUAUUUUCUGUAAUGCAAUUAAAAAAACAAAAACGUCAUGCAUUCUGGAUUCAUUACAAAUCAACUGAAAUAUUGCAAGCCUUUUAUUCUGAUUUAUUGCUGAUUAUGGUUUACAGAUUAAGAAAACUCAAAUAUCCUAUCUCUAAAUAUUAGAAUAUCAUGAAAAAGUAUACUAGUAGGGUAUUAAACAAAUCACUUGAAUUGUCUAAUUAACUCGAAACACCUGCAAGGGUUUCCUGAGCCUUGACAAACACUCAGCUGUUAUAAAUCUUUUUUUUAACUUGGUCUGAGGAAAUAUUAAAAUUUUAUGAGAUAGGAUUUUAGAGUUUUCUUAAGCUGUAAACCAUAAUCAGCAAUAUUUCAGUUGAUUUGUAAUGAAUCCAGAAUGCAUGACAUUUUUGUUUUUUUAAUUGCAUUACAGAAAAUAAAGAACUUUAUCAAAAUAUUCUAAUUUUCUGAGACAGUCCUGUAUAUUCAUAUUUAUAUAUGGGCCUUUGUUACAGAUAAAUGGGCCUUUUUUUUACACUUGUUUGCACUUCACAACUUCUGCACCAGAGAGCGCUCUGUUCAUUUGAACCCUUCAUUUGUUGUAUAUAUAUAUAUAAAUUAGGGCUGUCAAUCGAUUUAAAAAAAUUAACUAAUUAAUCGCAUUUUGAAAUUGCGAUUAAUUAAUCGCGAUUAAUCGCAAUUAAAAGUUAAAAGUUCAUUCUUUUUAAAGACCAAACUUCACACAGAGCUGUGUUUCAAAGAGGCUCCUACCUAUAAAGUGCCAGCGAGGUAUUUAAUAUUGUGGAUGAUAAAUUGUUUCUUCAGUGAAACAUCAGAUUAGUAAAAAAAAAAAGUAUAUUGAGACCCCAUUGGUCCUGUCAUCUUUACCACUGAACAGCAGAACCAGUGGCCUUGGUAACUGACUGACAUUCACAUAUGUCACGUUAACCCUCUGGAGGCUGGGGGCAUUUUAUACAUUUUACAAAAAAAUUUAAAUUCACCUUUUAAAGGCGUUUGCAUGUGACACAUACCCACGUGUUCUACAUCAAACAUUCCAGAACAAUCUCAGCUCUAUUCAAUGAGGCUCAGUGUCCUGGUGCCGUGUUCUCUGCUCUCUGACUGACAGGCUGCUAAUGAGCCUCACCCGUCAGGUGGGAGGUCCUUUGUGAUUUACUGAGUGUUCAUUGGUUGUUUUUCCCCCAAAAUGUUGACAGACAAACGGAUUGACCAAUCACGGUGAAGGUUUCGUGUGACGAGUUAUUUCCGCGCCGCGUCACCCGACACGUCGCCCCUCCGUUCCUCUGUGUCUCAGAGGGGGAGACCCGACUGAUUCAUCCACGAGUUAAACUGAUUUAUGAUCCUUAUUUUCGCGGAAAAAUAAUUGUUUUAAAAACGGAAACAGUGUUAAACCGUAUUGCCGCGGUUUGACACUCGGUUUGAGUGUAAAAACUUCAACGAACACCGGAAGUAAACAAAGUUGCGUUAAUUGCGUUAAAAUAUUUUAGUGCGUUAACGCGGCCAAAUUAAUCGCAUAGAUUAACGCGUUAACGCUGACAGCCCUAAUAUAAAUAAAUACAAAUAUUCAUAUAAAAUGUGCAUGGUAUGAAUUCAAAACUCUUUCAUAACUCCAGUCGUGGUCUAGUCUACAUGAGGAGGGUCUGGUCUACAUGUGGGUCUGGUCUACAUGAGGAGGGUCACCAUGUAUAGAGAACCUCAUAUAUAGAACCACAUUUAGAGAACCUCAUAUAUAGAACCACGUCCCAUCAAAGAUGUUUUAUUGCGAAGAGCACCACUUCACAUUUUCUCUGCGUCUCACUGCAAUCUCAACGGCAGCGGGCCAGGUGCCCCCCCCCCCCUACCCAAAAACAAAAAUGUAUUGUUUUCCAGAAAGCCACAUAACCAAAUAUUAAUAACCCUUUCCGGGAUCUUACCUAACCUUUUCGCCAAUAUUCCGUUCUAUUUGACGACAGCGGCUAGUCUAGGAUUUGCGUGGCCAGACUAAAAAAAUAAAUAAGAAUGCGUCUCUGGUAUUGUUCAGGGGGCCGGGCCAAAAGUGGAGGCGGGCCGUAUUUUGGGGACCACUGAUCUAAAUUAACAUGUUAUUCAACAAUUCAAGCCAAUAUGAUCAGAAAUAGCUAAUUUGGGGAAAUACAGUUAUUUGCUUACUUGCAAACAUUCGGUUGAGAAGAUUGAUAUCACUGUGCUAACAAUCGUGUCCUUUUCUUGACAAGAAAGUGAGCAUAUUUUUCCAAAAAGUCAACCUUUUCCCUGUAUAUUCAACACCUGUGUCUGGAACAUGUUGCAGAAGAAGAAUACCUUUGCUGGAACUGCGUUUCACAAAAAAAUAAUACCAACCCAUGGCUUGACA